UCCGUAAGGGAGCAACAAUCACAUUCGAAGAUGGAGACGGUAAAUGCUGGACAUCUGAUGAGCUUAGCAGCUCUGCAGAGACAAGAUCCGUACAUCAACCAAUUACUGGACGUUACUGGUCAGGUAGCUCUUUACACCUUCAAUUCCAAAGCAAACCAGUGGGAGAAGACUGAAAUCGAGGGAACGCUGUUUGUUUAUGCGAGGUCUGCCUCUCCUCAUCAUGGCUUCAUCAUCAUGAAUCGACUGAGUACAGAGAACCUUGUGGAGCCAAUAAAUAAAGACCUGGAGUUUCAGCUGCAAGAUCCAUUCUUGCUCUACAGAAAUGGCAACCUGGGCAUCUACAGUAUUUGGUUUUACGAUAAGAGAGAUUGUCAACGGAUUGCUCAGCUGAUGGUCAAGAUUGUGAAACAAGAGGCGGACUAUGCUCAGAGGAAGUCCCCAGAGAGAACCGAGUCGUGUAGAACCAAUGGCGUCGCAGAACCACGGUCCAUCGGCAUCAUGGAACUGCUCAGCAAAGCAAAGGAGGACUACCAAAGAGGCAUGUCAAGAGAACUGAAGGUGCCGACAGAAUCAAACAUGAAAACGAUGAUCAGUGACGCUACAGAACAGAACGCACAACCACCUGAAAAGAGUACUCAUACGGUGGUGAAGCAGAUCACGGUUGAGGAGCUCUUUGGCUCAUCUCUUCCUAAAGAACCUCCUUUGAUGACCAAGCCUGCACAGAUCCCUGAUGCUUCCAGUGACCUUCCCUCAGCCUACAUCCAGAAACAAACCUUUCCUUCUGCUGCCCAGCAAAGCCCAUUUAUCACUUCCCAGUUCUCAGCCCAAGAUCCCAUCUCCAACCAGCAGCGACAAGGCUCCGGCCUAAUCCCAACUUCCUUUGUGCUAAAUCCCAGUCCUGUUUUCCAGUCAGUUGUCCCCAGAUCAGAACCCCAGCCUCAGUGCUCGGUCUCUCCUUAUAUGAUGCCUUUAGCUGAUGCAGAGGUUCUUGCUGCCCCUGCUGGGUCCACAGCAUCUCCAGCUGCUCCUUCAACCUUUUUGGGACAGGAGAUGAUCGGCACACUCAAACCAGCAGUGUCAUCUGUGAAUUCAGUCGUCCACAAACACAUGCUCGCACCCAGCUUCCUGCCAAGCACACUGGUCCCACCUCACAGUUUCCAAGAGCCCAAGAAGGAUGUUUUCUCUCAGCUUCCCACCAUGAUUAAACCAAUCCCAGCCGUCCCCAUGAGUCCAGGUCUUGCUGUUCCAGGGUCAGAGAUUUCAGUACUUCUUUCCCCCAGCGCCUUCCAGCAGACCGUUAAAACAGCUGCAGCACCGGUGGUCCCUUCUGCUCCCUCCGAGCCAUCGUCUGCCUCUGGACGAGCUGUGGAGUCUCUGCCAGGCGCAUGCAGUAAAACACAGCUGCAGGAGACUUUGAUACAUCUCAUCAAGACUGACCCAGACUUCCUCGGUGCCAUUCAUGAUGCGUACCUGCAGAGUCUGUCCAAGGACUUCAGCAACAUCAAGAUGUAGUUUGACUCCAACCACGUCAGAACGUUUCUGGUUUUGAAACAAAUGGAGGCAACAGGUUGGUGACGCACUGGACUGCACACCCUCAGGAUCAUUAUGGGAUGGACUGCAUCGACUCCUGAUUAUGUCCUGUCAGAGGAGAGCUGCCGUGGGAACAAAGAUCAGGUCAAAUGUCACUGUGGAUCGUUGACAUUUUAA